UUUAAAAUAGGGCUCUCCACAAUGAAAGCAAUCGUUGGAGAGACGUGUGAUGUCUUAUGGGAAGUACUUGGCCCAAUUUAUUUAUCGGUUCCACAGAAGAAUGAAUGGAAACGCAUUGCCAACGAUUUUUAUUCAAUGUGGGAUCUACCUAAUUGUGUUGGCGCUAUUGACGGCAAACAUAUAAAUAUAUUUUGCCCGAACAACAUCGGUUCCCUUUUUUAUAAUUAUAAGGGUAACUAUUCAAUAGUCCUUCUGGCAGCCUGUGAUGCAAAUUAUACCUUCACUGCGGUAGAUAUUGGUGCAUACGGUUCGCAAAUUGACGGCGGAGUUAUGUGGAACUCGAGUUUUGGGCAGCGUUUAUAUACGGGCCAAUUGAAUUUGCCGAAAGAAGAAGUAUUGCCCGGCACUAGCAACAGUUUUCCACAUUAUUUUGUUGGAGACUCUGCGUUCCCAUUAAAACCUUUUUUAAUGAAACCGUAUCCAGGAAAUAAUUUGCCUUUGGAGAGGGAAAUCUUAAACAAGCGUUUGUCGCGAGCACGCCGAGUGAUUGAAAAUGCUUUUGGCAUUUUAGCAAGUAGAUGGAGGAUCCUUUUGUCUACCUUGCAUAUGAGCCCAACAUCCGCAGAAAAAAUUGUGAAAGCGACCGUACUUCUGCACAAUUUCUUGAAGAUGCAUGAUGGAAGUUAUUGCCCACCUGAAUACGUUGACCAGGAUGAUGGGAACGUGGUAACAAAGGGGCUGUGGCGCAACGAAAUAUCCACCCCUUUACAAAAGGCCAUAAGGACAUGUUCAAACAACGCUUUCAAACUAAGGGAUGAGUUGAUGAGCUAUGUCGUAUCCCGCCCAAUUCAAAGGACCGAAUAA